AUGAGCACCAACGAAGUUAAAGAAGAAUCCAAUGGUGCAAACUCCAUUGCUGCAGGUGAUAACUCCUCCACCAUUGAGGCAAAAGUUGAAUUGAAAAAUGAAGAACAAGAACAAAAAGAUACAAUAGUACCGGAUGCUGAACCAGUUAUAACCCCAGAUACAGAAAAACGUGAAAAGCGUAAAAUUGAUGAAGUUGAAGGUGUUGUUACAAGAGAUGAUGCUGCUAUUGUUCAAAAUAAUGGAAAUUCUAUCACCCCGUUGAAUGGCGUUAGUGAAAAAUCAAUAAUUGUUCCAAUUGUACCGCCAAAGAUACAUUAUAUCCCAUUGAAAACUGGGUUAUGCUAUGAUGUUCGUAUGCGUUAUCAUGCUAAAAUUUUCACAUCUUAUUAUGAAUAUAUUGAUCCACAUCCAGAAGAUCCAAGACGUAUUUAUCGUAUCUAUAAGAUCUUAGCUGAAGCUGGUUUAAUCAAAGAUCCAACAUUAUCCGGUAUUGAAGAUAUUGGUGAUUUAAUGUUGAAACUACCAGUUCGUGAGGCAAAAGCUGAAGAAAUUUUACAAGUUCAUACUGAAGAACAUUUGAAAUUUUUAGAAAGUACAAAUUCAAUGACUAAAGAAAAAUUAAUGGAAGAAACUGAAAAAGGUGAUUCUGUUUAUUUCAAUCAUGAUUCAUAUUUAGGUGCCAAAUUAAGUUGUGGUGGUACAAUCGAAGCUUGUAAAGCAGUUGUUGAAGGUAAAGUUAAAAAUGCACUUGCUGUGGUUCGUCCACCAGGUCAUCAUGCUGAACCUGAUACCCCUGGUGGGUUUUGUCUUUUUUCAAAUGUUGCUGUUGCUGCAAAGAAUAUUUUGAAAAAUUAUCCUGAAUCUGUGAAACGAAUUGUUAUUUUAGAUUGGGAUGUUCAUCAUGGUAAUGGUACUCAAAAGGCAUUUUAUGAUGAUCCAAGAGUUCUUUAUAUCUCUUUACAUAGAUAUGAACAAGGUAAAUAUUACCCUGGUACUUUAGCCGGUGCUGCAAACCAAUGUGGUGGAGGUGCUGCUGAAGGUUCAAAUGUUAAUAUUCCAUGGCCUGUAGGUGGUAUGGGUGACGGUGAUUAUAUCUAUGCUUUUAGAAAAGUUAUUAUGCCAAUUUGUUAUGAAUUUGAUCCAGAUCUCGUUAUCAUAUCUUCUGGAUUUGAUGCUGCUGAUGGUGAUAUGAUUGGUCAAUGUCACGUUAGUCCUGGUGCCUAUGGUCACAUGACACACAUGUUAAAAUCACUUGCUAAAGGUAAUUUAUGUGUUGUUUUAGAAGGUGGUUAUAAUUUAGAUUCAAUUGCAGUCUCUGCUUUAGCAGUGGCUAAAGUUUUAGUUGGUGAACCACCAGAUGAAUUAAAGACAAAAUUACCAAAAAAUGAAGCUGUCGAAACAAUUGAUGAAGUUAUUGAAAUUCAAUCCAAAUAUUUCAAAUCACUAAAACCUGGUCAUUCUGCAGUGGAUCAUUCAUUACCAGUUAAUGAAGGUAACAAAAAUUAUAACUUACAAGAAGCUGUUCGUAAUCAACAAGCCAACAAUUUAUUGACUAAACAUAAUUUUGUUAGCUUACCAGUAUUAAAUGAUAAACAAGAUUCUGUUAGUGCAAGUGAUGAUCAAAUAUUAGCAAGUCCAGAUAUUUAUGAUUCAGAAACAAUUAUAAUAGCUGUUCAUGAUCCAGCUGAAAUUUGGGCUAAAACAGAUCCUUUAACAGGUUUAAUAAAUCCAAGUAGUUCAGUAAUUGUGGAUUCAACUUUAAAAUUGAUUGAAUGGUCAAGACAACAGAACUAUGGGUUCAUUGAUGUCAAUAUCCCAGAAACCUCAUCAAAAGAUGAUGCAUAUAAUCCACUGAAUGCAUCACAAGAAAUUGUAUUAUAUCUAUGGGAUAAUUAUAUUCAAUAUUUUAAAGCUUCUAAAAUUAUAUUUUUCGGAUUUGGUGAGGCUUAUUCAGGUAUAGUCCAUCUGUUAGGUCAUCGUGAAGUACGUAACGUUGUUAAAGCUACAAUUGCAUAUCUUGAUAGAAAGACUCUUAGACCAAUAGUUCCAUUAGUUGAUGAAGCAAUGACCGAUUGGUUUUUCAAAAAUUCAUUAAUUUUCACAAGUAAAAAUCAUUCAUGUUGGGGUCCAGAUGGUUCAGAAACCAAAAAACCAAGAAAGAAAUUUGGUAGAGUAUUAAAAUCUGAUACUGAUGGUUUAGAUAAUAUAGUUGAAGAAAGAUUUGAAGAAGGUACUGAUUUUGUUCUGGAUUCUAUAGAAGAGUUUGAUGAUAGUAGUUCUUGA